AUGGAUAUUAACGAGUUAACAAAGCAAGUUAGUUAGAACCUGAAGGAAAAUAUAUCUUUGCGUAAAGAAAUAAAGGAAGGUUUCAAUUCAUGGAAAAAGAAGCUUUUUGGAUCUAAAAAUGAAGAUUCUGGUUCAAAUGAAAAUAAUUAAAUAGCGCAAAAUGAAAUUGAACCUUAAAAAUAAUUUUAAAUAACAGAACUGCAAAAGAAUUUAGAUGUAAGUAAUUUAACUAAGCAGCAAUUAGAGUCAAUAGAGAAGUUAAAUGAAGUUUUGCAACAAUCCAUAUAAAAUAAGAUAAAUAUCAGUUUUAAGACUCUUUAGAAAUGGUAUUUAGUUUUGAUGAAUGAGCCAUCCCUCGGAAUGUAUUACAUUUAAGAACAUAAUAUGAACGUUGUUGAAAAUAAUGUAGAAGAUAAGAAAGAACUUAAAAAAUUAAAUAGAAAGCUAUAAUACACAACAGAAUAACUUUAUAAUACAAAAAAAGAAUUAAAGGACAUAUCUAAACUAAAUGGUGAAUGGUCUAAUAACAUGUCUGAAUAUAUCAAUAGGUUAGGAAAAGCUCUAUGA